GUCCGGUUCUUCAUAAUGCUGGCGUGGUCACGGUGCUGUACGUCCUGCUGUGCUCCCACGCCUGCCUGCGGCCCUGUUGCUGGGCCCCAGGGGAGCAGCGCAGCCCCAAGGUGCCAACCAUCCUCAGCUUCCAGGGGUACAGCCGUGUCCCCGAUGGGAAGCCGCUGGAGCGAGCACUGUGCCACCACUGCGCCAUCGUCUCCAGCUCAGGGCAGAUGCUGGGUUCACACCUGGGCCAGGCCAUCGACAGGCAGGAUUGCGUCCUGCGCAUGAACCAUGCACCCACCGCCGGCUACGAGGAGGACGUGGGGGCACAGAGCACCAUCCGGGUGGUGUCACACACCAGUGUCCCACUGCUGCUGAGGAACCAGCCCUACUUCUUCCAGCAGUCCCAGGAGACCCUCUAUGUCAUCUGGGGACCGGCGAAGAAGAUGAACCGGGAGAAGGUGGGCACGACCUACAAGGCACUGCUGAAGGUGAUGGAGACGUAUCCUCAUCUGCAGAUCUACACCCUGACCGAGGAGAAGAUGGCCUAUUGUGAUGAUGUCUUCCAGAACGAGACCGGGAAGAACAGGAUUAAGUCCGGCUCCUUCCUGAGCACGGGCUGGUUCACCAUGAUCCUGGCCAUGGAGCUGUGCGAGCAGAUCCGCGUCUUCGGCAUGGUCAGCGACAGCUACUGCAGGGAGAAGAACCACUCGAGUGUGCCCUACCACUACUUCGAGAAGGGCCGGCUGGACGAGUGCAGGAUGUACCUGAUGCACGAGCGAGCCCACCGCGCCGGCCACCGUUUCAUCACUGAGAAAGCCAUCUUCUCCCGCUGGGCCAAGAGGAGGAACAUCAUCUUCACCCACCCAUCCUGGACAG